CCUCCAGUGCUUCAGCUCUGUUAGAACACGAGACUCUAAGCUUACUGGAGAGCCAUCUUGCCUUACGGCACCAGGCCGCUUUUUACGGCAUUUUCCGCCUUGCCAUUCACUUCGCUGUGAAGAUGGCGUCGGGCAGCGGGACAAAAAACUUGGACUUUCGCCGAAAGUGGGACAAAGAUGAAUACGAGAAACUUGCCGAGAAGAGGCUCACGGAAGAGAGAGAAAAGAAAGAUGGAAAACCAGUGCAGCCAGUCAAGAGAGAGCUUCUGCGGCACAGGGACUAUAAGGUGGACCUGGAAUCCAAGCUUGGGAAGACAAUUGUCAUUACCAAGACCACCCCACAGUCUGAGAUGGGAGGAUAUUACUGUAAUGUCUGUGACUGUGUGGUGAAGGACUCCAUCAACUUCCUGGAUCACAUUAAUGGAAAGAAACAUCAGCGAAACCUGGGUAUGUCUAUGCGUGUGGAACGUUCCACCCUGGAUCAGGUGAAGAAACGCUUUGAGGUCAACAAGAAGAAGAUGGAAGAGAAACAGAAGGAUUAUGAUUUCGAGGAAAGGAUGAAGGAGCUCAGAGAAGAGGAGGAAAAGGCCAAAGCGUACAAGAAAGAGAAACAGAAGGAGAAGAAAAGGAGAGCUGAGGAGGACUUGACAUUUGAGGAGGAUGAUGAGAUGGCAGCUGUGAUGGGCUUUUCAGGCUUUGGUUCCACCAAGAAGAGUUACUGAGGCUUUCUAUGCUUGGCCUAACUUUGGCCUAUGCUGGACCUAACUAUGUGCGUGUGUGUGUGUGGGGAGGGCUCAUUUCUUUUUGGAUACUGGG